CCACAGCGCUUCGCAUAAGUUGUCAGUACGUGUACGUAGGUGCCCGUGAAUGUAGCACGUAGUCUGUCAAAUUAUUUCAUUCAGAAAGAAAGUGCUAAAAAAUAUAAUCAAUGUGCAGAAAAGUGUUGUCCGGAGUAUCUUAUGUGAAAAAGCGAUAAUAAGAAAUUAAACAUGCAGUUUUACAAAGAGAGAUUGCUAUCUCCAGGUCAGCUGAAAAGGCUAAAUGAGCACAAGUACAGCUGUACUAGCGUUAGCCUAAUGGACCCAUUUUUGCAACCGUGGUGGAAUUGGCUUGUCAGUAAAGUUCCGUUAUGGCUUGCGCCCAACUUAAUUACAAUUAUUGGUCUCGUCAUCAACAUCUUAACAACUCUAAUACUCGUGUGGCACAGUCCUGACGCCAGAAUUGAGGCACCACGGUGGGCAUGUCUUUUGUGUGCCCUCGGCUUGUUCAUUUAUCAAAGUCUUGAUGCCAUUGAUGGUAAACAAGCGAGGAGAACUGGAACACAAAGUCCAUUGGGCGAAUUAUUCGAUCACGGAUGUGACUCUAUUUCAACAGUGUUUGUUGCCUUGUCGGCAUGCAUAGCUGUGCAGUUAGGAUACUAUCCAACCUGGAUGUUUUUCCAAUGUUUUUGUGCCAUGACAUUAUUUUAUUGCGCUCAUUGGCAAACUUAUGUUUCAGGAACACUGAGGUUUGGGAAAGUGGAUGUCACAGAAGCUCAAUUUACAAUCAUGGGAAUCCACGUUAUUUCUGGAAUUUUUGGGCCAAGUGUUUGGAUGAUGGAGAUUCCCAUUCCCGGACUUGGCACUAUCAAUAACUCCGCAGCCGCGAUUUUUUAUGCAGGCUACAUUCACGUGUUCGUUGAAUUCUGUAGAGUCUUUGAAUCUGGUGGUGUUGGAAAGAAUGGUUCCACAAUUGCAUUGCCAUACAUUAACACAGAGGUGAAGGUGUUUCCUCUGUGGGCAGCAGUCGGCAUCGCUGUUUUGCUAGCGCAGAGCAGCGUGUCAGUAAUUCUUGCCGGUGGUGUCGGAAAGAAUGGCUCCACCGUUGCUGGAACUUCGGUACUGUCACCGAUAAUCCCCUUCAGUUUUGUUGUGGUGCCCGCCUUUAUAAUAUACAGAAAAAGUGCUGAGCACGUCUAUGAAAAUCAUCCUGCCUUGUAUAUACUGGCCUUUGGCAUGGUAGCUGCCAAAGUAACUAACCGGCUUGUGGUCGCACACAUGACUAAAAAUGAAAUGCAAUACCUGGAUACUGCACUGAUUGGACCUGCGAUGCUGUUCCUCAAUCAGUACUUCAAUUUCUUUAUCAAAGAAUAUUACGUUCUUUGGCUUUGUUUAAUUUGGGUGACAUUAGACUUACUUCGGUAUUCUUCUCAAGUUUGCUUGGAAAUUUGUGAUCACCUGAAAAUCAUGCUCUUCAGGAUACCAGUGGGUGGACACCGCAUUGGGACUUCACAGACUUCCAUUAUCACCGAGAAAAACGAGUUUUGUUUGCAGUUCACAUGGUGGUGGAACAAGAACCCCUGUUAGACGAGGAGUAUCACCACGGUUCUGACACAUCCUUCGACCUCUGAUAUUUAGAUAAUAAUUUUUUUAUCGCAGUAGAUGGUUAAUAAUAUGCCUAUGAAUCUUACGCUAUGAUGUGAUAUUCCAUUGGUUCUAAAGAUGGAUGGUGUGUAGAGACAAAGUUGGCAAACUCAGAGCGAUGUAUUAUUCUUCAUAAGAAAUUCGUAAUUAGAGAAUAGUAAAUAACAAGUGAUGACCAAUAACCUAUCUCAAAAUUUAGAAAUUCUGCAUCCUCUUUAGAUAUUCUUUCGUCAAUGUACAACCGAGGAAAUGACAGUUUAUUUGCUCUGCCACAACAUUAGUUGAUUACAAUACUUGUCAGUAAUAAAUGUCUUAUACCAGGCCAAACGGCUCUUGCAUGAGAGUCUGAGUUACAUUAGUUGCAUAGAAAACGAUAUGUAAAUAAAAUUAUAGAUCUAUCUGUCAUGCAUAGAAAAUUCUCAGAAACGCGAAUUCAAAAUAAAAGAAUAUUCAGUACUUCUGAUAAAUAUAGCUGCUCAUCCAUGUAUCGGAAUCUGCUGUAUUCCAUAGUUCUUUUAUUUGGAAUAUUCCCACUUGAAGUAACCCAAAAGCUGAUAAACUCAGAUGAUGUUACUGUAAUAAUAUACGUGUAAUUCAUUGUAAGAUAAAUUGUUGAAUAUUGAAAGCAAAGAAUUUGAUAACAUGAGUUUCCUCUGCUCGCUGGAUCAAGUUGAUGUAAAUGAAAGAAAAAAAUCUAGUAUUUCUACAAUCUCAUCAAAUAGAAUUAGUAAUAUAUGUUUUAUUUUUCUGAUCGUGAGACUUAAUAUUGUACAUAGAUUUUAAGUCUCACGCAUUCUCUAAGUGCCUUCAUAAUGUUUUUUUAUAGAUUACUUGCAUUGUAUUCAUCAAAAUAUAUACCGAAAAUAUCUUGAUGAUACUAACUACAGAAUUUUUUGAAAUCUACCGUCAACCGCUUGAUUACUUGUGUCGAGAACCACUAUGUACCUAAGUUAUUAUAAUAUUUAUUAAUUGUGUACACGUGUAUUGACUGACAAAAUUGCCCAUUAAAGGGAAUUUUCAUGAGCUUGCGUCACAGAACUUUGCAAGCACUAAAGUAUUUCGUUGAUCUUCUUUUUUUAACAGUUUUUAUUCUCAACAGGAUAUCAGUAUAACAAAAUUAAUUCCUUGUACCUUAAGAGUAUUUUAAUCGACUUUCGAUGAUUUAAUUCGAAAACUUCAGAUAAUGAAAUAAUCUUUCGAAAAAUAUAUUCGUUCAAUUAUAUUUAACGGAUGGCGAAUCGUUCGUUGAACCUGUAACAUUUAUUUAAUGAAAAUUCGUAAUUAACAAAUUAUAACAGGGUUAUACUUUUGGAUUGAAUUUAAAUUAUUAAUAAUAUUGAUAAAUAUAGUGAAUACAGUUUUAUCUAAAAAUUAAGCAUGCGUGUUAACUUUGUUGUUGGGAAAAUAAAUGUGUUGUUUAAAUGGUGUAUAAUAAUAA